AUGGCGUACACGCAGCAACAACAACAAACUAGUACAUCUCCAGAAAUUGACUUUCAUAAAUACUACGGUAGAAAUGCUAAUGGUGUGAUUGAAGAACUCAAGAAACUUGGUUAUAAUCCAAUCGAAUUCGAUGCACAUAUGUUAAUUCAAGGUCGUGCACUACCUGAAAUUCCAGAUCGAAAAACCCUGCAUAUUUACGUCAAUAAAAGUGGCAAUACGGUACAACAGAUUAUGAAUAAACAUUGA